AUGUCAUUUCAAAAUGUUUCUGGAAUGAUUAUAAAGGAAUUUGUACUUGGAGGAUUUGACACAGUGCAGAGACCUCUGGUUGUUGGUGUUGUCUUACUGAUAGUGUAUAUGCUUGUUAUGACUGCUAACCUUGCAAACAUAUACUUUAUUAUCAUGGAUAAACGUUUGCACCAGCCAAUGUAUCUGUUUAUCUGUAAUUUAGCAAUUGUAGACAUGCUUUACUGUACAAGUGCAUGCCCAACUAUGAUAGGUGUCCUUGUAGCUGGAUAUAAAACUAUAUCUUAUGUGCCAUGCAUGGUUCAGAUGUUUAUUUUCCAUUUAAGUGCUGCGAUGGAAAUGUUUGCCAUUUCUGUUAUGGCAUUUGACCGCUUUAUUGCCAUUGGCAGCCCUUUGCGUUACCAUUCUAUUCUGACAAAUUUACGUUCUCUUUUAAUAACAGUAACACUGUGGAUAGUGGCUUGUACUUUAUUGGCUGUAGCACCUGCUACAGUUAUUCCUCUCCCUUUUUGUCAGUCAACCCUGAAAUAUGUUUUUUGUGACUAUGCAGCUGUUAUCAGGGCAACGUGUGUAGAUCCAAAUCCAUAUUUCAACGUGCUUUCCGUUGUAUCCUUUUUUACGAUUUUUGGAACAUUUGGUUUCAUCUGUUUGUCAUAUCUAAAGAUACUUAUAGUUGUUGUCCAAAUGUCCUCAAUGAGUGACAAGAAAAAAGUGUUCAAUACUUGCUUUAGUCACUUGAUAGUCAUAAUCUGCUAUUAUGCACCCACCUUUGUGCUAAUAGUCUUAACCAGGAUUGGUGUAGUUUUAACACUGGAGGAGAGACAUGGGCUGAUGGUUGGGUCACUUCUAGGACCCUCUUUAGUCAAUCCUUUCAUAUACUGUUUGAGAACCAAGGAGAUCAGAAACAAACUAUUGAGAAUUCUAUCGAAAGUUGAACCAGCUUUAUAA